GCUGCAGGGGUUCAAAUGAGCAAAGCGAGCGGGCAUUGGCCGAGGCGGCGUGAGGCGGGCCUCGGUUAUUGUCCCGACUCCGGAGGCAGCGGCGGCAGUGGUGGCAGCGGUCGGUGCUGCGAGAGCGGCAGCGGCGGCGGCGGCGGCUCGGCGGGACCGAGGGCGGGAGCGGCCGAGACCAUGGCUGGAGGCAAAGCUGGAAAGGACAGUGGGAAGGCCAAGGCUAAGGCAGUGUCUCGCUCACAGAGAGCUGGGCUACAGUUUCCUGUGGGCCGCAUCCACAGACAUUUGAAGACUCGCACCACGAGCCACGGAAGGGUGGGUGCCACUGCUGCAGUGUACAGUGCUGCAAUCCUGGAGUACCUCACGGCUGAGGUGCUGGAGCUGGCAGGUAAUGCUUCCAAGGAUCUCAAAGUUAAGCGGAUCACUCCUCGCCACUUGCAGCUUGCCAUCCGUGGUGAUGAAGAGUUGGAUUCUCUUAUCAAGGCUACCAUAGCUGGGGGUGGUGUGAUCCCUCACAUCCACAAGUCUCUGAUUGGAAAGAAGGGACAGCAGAAAACUGCUUAGAGAGUUGAUUUAACCAACCCUCUUCCUCCCUGUCAUUGUACUGUAACUGGGACAGAAGAAAUAAUGGGGAUAUGUGGAAUUUUUAAAACAGUUAAAUGGGAAAGCAUAGACAAUUACUGUAGACAUGAUAAGAGAAACAUUUGUACGUUCUUAGACUCAAAGUUUGAUAAAAGUACCUUUUCAUGUGGCAACAGUUGUGUGUUGAUUGGCUAGGUUUCUCCAUGUGUUUUAUACAAAAAUGGAAUUGAUAAACCAUUUUUUAAAAAAAAUAAUAAUUUGUCUCAAAACUGUU